UUUCUUCGCGUUCUAUGUCUUCCCUCCCACCCCUACCCACAGUUAAGGAAUACAACCCGACUUCUGACGACAUCGCCGAGGCCGAGCAGCUCAUCUCAAAAGCCGCUGAAGUUUCCGAAUUUUGGGCUGAAAAAUAUGAAAAAGAUGCGGUGAAAAAUUGGGAUUUAUUCUACAAGCGCAAUCGUACCAACUUCUUCAAAGAUCGCCAUUACCUCGUUACUGAAUUCGGCGAAGUUGCCAGAAGCGAUUCCUUCAUCGACGCCAACGAGGCCACUGGGCUCUUGGUGGAGGUCGGGUGUGGCGUCGGUAAUGCUGUGAUCCCGCUCGCCCAGGCCUGUCCGAAGAUAUCUAUUCUUGCUACUGAUUGUAGUAGUAUAGCGAUCGAUCUCUUGAAUGAGAGGUUGGAAGCUGAAGACCCCUCGGUGGCUCGGAGAAUUUCCACGAGAGUUUUGGACGCGACUAGCACUCAUUUCCCCCCAGAGGACCUGCUGGGCUCAGCAGAUUUCGUACUGUUGUUAUUCUGCCUCAGCGCGAUAUCGGAAGCCCAUUAUAGCUCUAUUGUGGAGGGAGUUAGGAAGAUCCUCCGGCCCGGUGGGAUCGUCCUUUUCCGCGAUUAUGGCAAGUACGAUUUGGCGCAGUUGAGAUUCUCUAAGGAUAAAGGUCGGGCAGCAACGGCAUCGCGGUUGCCGGGAGAAGACGACUUUUAUGUUCGUCAAGACGGCACUCGGGCCAAGUUCUUCACUGAAGAUUCUUUGGUGGAGUUGUGGGAACGUCAGGGGGGCUUUCAGAGGGUAGAGCUGUUCACUCAUAGGAGGUGUGUGAUAAAUAGGAAACAGGGGAAGGAGAUGAAGAGGGUGUGGAUCCAAGCGAAGUGGAGGGCCCCACUGGCGGAUGGUAGUAAGGUUUCUCGCUAG